CGUUGGCACGCGGUGCCUUUUCAGUGUAUGACCGGUUCUGUUGGUGUGCAGUGUUCGCAGCGGGACACCGAUACCAUCUGAACGCGGACGUUGGGAAAUCCGACGACUCGCUCUCACGCGCGACGCCGUGCCCGCAGACGUCGGAAAACUUCCGCGGCGACUGACGCUCUCUUCUGUUCGGUGUCCGUCACUUCGGGAGCGCGAUACGGAACCAUCGCAGACGCGUCGUAUUUCGCGGACGGUCGAAAAAAAUUCAAAACAAAAGCACAAAAAAAACUUACCAAAAAAGGGACCUCUAGAACCCACUGAUUGAUUAUAUUAGGGCCAUGGGAGUCAACGGCCAUAAAGCAGCCGUAGACUGAGUAUUUACCAAAAAUGUAUAUCGCCCACAUUUUACCAACGGCAAGCUCAUUUAUUAUAUACAUGGUACUGAUAUUUCAGUUUAAAGAUGAAGUAUCCGGAUUUGAACCGGACUUCUUGUACCCACUGGAGAAUGUAACAGUGCCACAAGGUAGAGAUGCGACAUUUACAUGUGUCGUAAACAACUUGGGAGGAUACAGGGUGAGUGGGGAUCUCUCCACAGCCAGGGUCGCCUGGAUAAAAGCGGACACCAAGGCAAUAUUGGCAAUCCAUGAGCACGUUAUUACCAACAACGCACGCUUAUCCGUUACCCACAAUGAUUUCAACACAUGGACGCUAAACAUACGGAACGUUAAGAGGGAGGACCGGGGACAGUACAUGUGUCAAGUUAAUACCGACCCCAUGAAAAUGCAGACCGCCUUCUUGGAGGUGGUGAUCCCGCCGGACAUAGUGUACGAGGAAACGUCCGGCGACAUGAUGGUGCCGGAAGGUGGGUCGGCCAAAUUGGUGUGCAAGGCCAGGGGCUAUCCGAAACCUAAGAUUUUGUGGAAGAGGGAGGACGGCGGACCCAUUCUUUCUCGUGGAACCGGUGGCAGUGCCCGUGGUGAAAGGCAGCAGCAGGUGGAAGGGGAGAUGCUGACUCUCACCAAGGUGACCAGAUCGGAAAUGGGGGCUUAUCUUUGUAUAGCUGCCAACGGCGUUCCUCCUUCGGUCAGCAAGAGAAUGAUGCUACAUGUACAUUUCCAUCCUCUCAUCCAGGUCCCAAAUCAACUGGUCGGUGCUCCAGUCAACACUGACGUCACCCUCCAGUGUCACGUAGAAGCAUCGCCGAAAGCAAUCAACUACUGGACAAGGGAAAGUGGCGAGAUGAUCGUCCCGAACGAGAAAUACCACAUGACCGACAUAAACAAUUCGUACUACAGCGUGCAAAUGAAACUGGUCAUCAAGAAUUUCCACAAGUCGGACCUGGGCGGCUACAAGUGCAUAUCCAAAAACUCGAUCGGUGACGCCGAGGGAAACAUACGGCUAUACGAGAUGCAGAUACAGGAGAGGGUCGACUCCGAGGAGGAGAACGCCAUCGAGGAGGUGGAGGAAAUUGAGAACACUGAGAAGAGGCUUUAUAAUGGGUAUCAAGGUCCGUUAACGGAAACAGAGGAGAAUAAUGUGGAGGCAGAUGUUAGUUCCGGUAGUGAACGCGUAACAAAAAUAUGUUCAAUGUUGCUGUUGUUGAUAAUCUUGAUAUGACGCUAACGUGAUUUUGGCGAAGACACUAUGAAUUAUGUGAUAUGUGCCAAAUUUUUGUGCUUCGCUAUCAAAAAAAGCUAAGUGUCGUAUGUAUUAUAAAGGAACUAUAUUAGCGAAAUAAUAAUGAAUAAAAGUGUUAAACAAGUAGCAUGGAUAAAUGUUAAGCCUGUGUUGCUGGAUAGAUUAUGCCUGCGUUUUUUGUUUAGUUGGUAUUAAUCUAUUUAAAUAAUGGUAUAUUUUUAUUGUAGGAAUUCAUUUGGAAAUUAUUUAAAUAAAUUUUGUUUCA